AUGCAAGCCGUCGUGUUCAAAGGUCCACUCCAGGUCGCGCUGGAGGAGCGCCCCAUCCCUCAAAUCCAGGAUCCCACCGACGUGCUGGUCAAGGUGCGGUACACAGCACUCUGCGGAAGCGAAUUGCAUGUUUUUCGCGGGCAUCAGCCGUCAGGAACGGGCUUUGUGAUGGGCCAUGAGUUCACCGGAGAGAUCGUCGAAACAGGUGCUGAUGUAAAGAAGUUUACCAAGGGCGAUCGCGUCGUCUCGCCGUUCACCCUGAGCUGUGGAGAGUGUUUCUACUGUCGUAGGAAGUGCUCGUCGCGCUGCGCCAAGGGCAAACUAUACGGGACUGUCAUCUUGGACGGUGGACAGGCCGAGUACGUGCGCGUUCCUCACGCCGAUUCUACCCUGGUGGCUGCCCCUGCGGCCGUCGACGAGAAGAAGCUAGUGUUGAUGGCGGAUAUCUUUCCGACGGGAUUUUUCGCUGCACGGAAUGGUUUCAAGGAGAUGGACGCGGCGACGAUCCAGGAAAGUACUGUGGUUUUGUUUGGAUGCGGACCUGUCGGCAUCUGCGCCCUCGUCAGUGCCUUGGAGUACAAACCCAAGCACCUGAUCGCGGUUGAUAGCGUCCCGUCCCGGCUGGAACUCGCAAAGAGCCUAGGCGCAGAGCCAUGGAAUUUCCAAACCGAUGCAGACGGUCUCCGCAAGAGGGUUUUGGACCUGACAGAGGGGCGUGGCGCGGACGUCGCGAUCGAAGUGGUCGGACACAGUGACGCGCUGCGCAUGGCUUUCGAUAUUAUGCGGCCCUGGGGUCGUAUCUCGAGUGUCGGGGUUCAUAAUGCUGAAAUCCCGAUUGGAGGUAAUGAGGCGUAUGGGAAGAAUCUGCAGCUUCAGAUGGGACGCUGUCCAGUCCGCAGUAGGCGAUCAUUCCGCACUCGAGUUAUCUGA